AUGUUACUGGAAAUUUUGCUGGGUGCAUUUGUGCGUAAAUGCUGGAUGGACUUGGUAGACACAUCCAUUACAGGUAUGCAGCUGGAUAGUGACAAUUAUCCAGUGUCUGAUCCAGGCAAGGAUGAGCAUCAUCGUAUGAAUGAAAAUUCUUCACAAGAGACACACAAACAGAGGAUAAAACUAAUCUUAGUUAUCUUUUCUCAGGUGUUUUACAAUGGAGCAAAUGUAAGGCAGGUUGAUGUGCCGUCAUUUUCUGGGAGCUUCGGUAUCCUGCCCGCACACGUUCCAUCAUUGGCUGUGUUGAAACCUGGCGUCAUGACUGUGUUUGAGGCGGAUGGAUCUGCCAAGAAGUUCUUUGUCAGCUCUGGUAUUGUAACUAUCAAUGAGGAUUCAUCAGUUCAAAUUCUUGCGGAAGAAGCUGCUGGAUUGGACGAACUCGACCUUGGUGCAGCAAGGGAAAUUUUGUCUAAAGCCCAGUCUGAGGCAAGCAGUGCUGCCAGUGAAGAGGAUAAAGCAAAGGCCUUGAUUACAGUGGAAGUAGCUGAAGAAUUGGUGAAGGCUGCUGAAUCUGGAUAAGUUCCAGCAAAAUUGUAUAAAGUAAUUCUCUACUUCAAAGCUAACACAGCAGUUUUAUAAUGUCUGAUAUUUAUCUUGUGACAAGUUGUAGAAUGUACAGUAUAUUUAGUCAAAGGUAAACAAUAGACACACAGUUUUUCCAUUUCCUUUCAUUCCAAGAAUUUUCAAUUUUUUUUUUUAAACAUAUUCAAGGGAAAACUUUAAUCUUAAUGACCGAUUUGUAAGGUAUUGUCAAAUUUGAUGUAAAUAAAUAAGGUGAAAUUUG